CGGUGCCUUGUCCCGAUCUGAUCCCGGGGCUGGAGUGCGUACGGGUGGUCCUGGAGGGCGGCCCACCCCGCCUCGGGUCCUGCCUGCGUCCGAGCCGCCGCCCUUCGAGGAAGGGGCGGGGCCGCUCCGGCCCGAGGCCCGAGGACCUGGUCGGGGCGGGAGGCCCGGGCCCCAGGCUUCUCUGCCCCGCCAGGCUUUGGCUUUCCGGCCGCCGCAGUGGAGUCAACCAGCGAUGCGUUUACGGGCUUCUUGUUGCGCCAGGCGCCAGCAAGGGAAGGCGCUUCGCGCCUCGCUGCUUCACUGGGUUCCGGAGGGAGGUCUCGGAGCCAGGAGAGGAUCAAGGAGCAGAGAGUUAAAUGUCGAAAAAGAACCCCGAGAACUCCCAGCAAAAAUGUGUUGCGACCUCUGUUGAAGGAGUCAACUUUCAGGCUGUUAAAGACCUCAAGUCAUUAGCAUCAGCUGCUGCACUAAAGGGGCAAGCCAGCGCCUCUAAGUGGCUUAGUGCACAAACGAGGCUCCCGAGACGGGCUCGGCAACUCCAUCCGCUCUUCCACCACCUGCUGGAAGUGAAAAGCUCUCCGGAGCCCAUCCCGAACUCAGACUCUGGAAAUGAACACGGAGUCCGUGCGUGUGCUGAGUGGCCAGCUCUCUACCAGAGGUUCUCCAGUGCCAAUCGAAACAGUAAAAGGCCCUCUCCAGGCAGGGCCUUCACGACUGCAACACCAACACCUCUUGACAUGGAAAUACACUGAUACAAUAGGCAAAAGAAAUACUCGAUUGCAUCUCCUGUUUCCAGGUGGCCUUAUUUGGUCGAUUUGAUCCUGACCUUAUUCCUGUGAUGGAGGAUUCGGGCAUCCCGCGAGGCAUCUGGGAUGGAGAUGCCAAGGCUGUCCAACAAUGUCUGACAGAUAUUUUUACCAGCGUUUACACUACCUGUGACAUCCCUGAGAACGCUAUAUUUGGUCCCUGUGUCCUGAGCCAUACUUCCCUGUAUGACAGCAUAGCUUUCAUAGCUCUAAAGUCCACCGACAAGAGAACAGUCCCUUAUAUCUUCCGGGUAGACACCUCAGCGGCGAAUGGUUCCUCAGAAGGUCUCAUGUGGUUGCGUCUGGUCCAAUCAGCCAGAGAUAAAGAAGAGCAGAACCUUGAAGCCUAUAUAAAAAACGGACAGCUGUUUUACCGCUCUCUCCGCAGGAUUGCCAAAGAUGAGGAGUUAUUAGUUUGGUACGGGAAAGAACUGACUGAGUUGCUCUUGCUCUGCCCCUCUAGAUCCCACAGCAAAAUGAAUGGGUCGUCCCCUUACACAUGCCUGGAAUGCAGCCAACGUUUCCAGUUUGAGUUCCCCUAUGUGGCGCAUCUGCGCUUCCGCUGCCCCAAGAGACUUCACAGCGCUGAGCUGAGCCCCCGAGAGGAGCAAGGCGGCGGCGUGGGCACCAAGGAUCACGGGGGCGGCGGCGGCAAGGAUCAGCAGCAGACGCAGCAACAGGAGGCACCCUUGGGUCCCGGCCCCAAGUUCUGCAAAGCCGGCCCUGUCCACCACUACCCGGCCGCCUCCCCCGAGGGCGGUAACCCGCCUGCGGCUGGUGGCGGCGGCAGCGCGAAGCCGUCCACGGACUUUCACAAUCUGGCCCGAGAGCUGGAGAACUCCGGGGGAGCCAGCGGCUGCUCCCCAGUCCGGAGCCUCAGCAGCGGCAGCAGCGGCAGCGGCCACCAGGAGGCGGAGUUGAGUCCCGACGGCAACGCCGCGGGCGUCGGCAAAGGGAAGAGGAAAUUCCCGGAGGAGGCGGGGGAGAGUGGCGGCGGCGGCGGCGGCGGGGGCGGCGCGGGGCUGGUUGGAGGCCGGGGCCGCUUCGCCGAGCGGCCCCUGCACGCCUCCAAGGAGGACCUGGUGUGCACGCCGCAGCAAUACCGCGCCUCCGGCAGCUACUUCGGCCUGGAAGAGAACGGCCGCCUCUUCGCGCCGCCCAGCCCGGAGACGGGCGAGGCGAAGCGCAGCGCCUUCGUGGAGGUGAAGAAGGCGGCCCGAGCGGCCGGUCUGCAGGAGGAGGCGGCCGCCGACGGCGGGAGCACGGCCGCUGAGGACCAGGACGCGGGCGGCGGCGGCUCCUCCACGCCCGUGGCCGCGUCUCCGGCCGGCGCCGAGAAGCUGCUGGCCCCCCGGCCCGGGGGCGCGCUGCCGGGCCGGCUGGAGGGCGGCAGCCCGGCGCGGGGCAGCGCCUUCACCUCGGUGCCGCAGCUGGGAGGCGCGGGCGGCAACGGCGCCGGGGGCGGCGCGGGCGCGGGGGCCGCGGGCGGGGCGGGCGGCGGCCAGGGCGCCGCGUCGGACGAGCGCAAAAGCGCCUUCUCGCAGCCGGCGCGCUCCUUCUCGCAGCUGUCCCCGCUGGUGCUGGGCCAGAAGCUGAGCGCGCUCGAGCCGUGCCACCCCGGCGACGGUGUCGGCCCCACCAGACUCUAUCCGGCCGCCUCCGACCCUCUGGCCGUGAAGCUCCAGGGAACCGCGGACCUGAACGGAGCUUGCGGGUCCCUGCCGAACGGCGGCGGCGGCGGCGGCGGGCUGCCCAAACAGAGCCCCUUCCUCUACGCCACUGCCUUCUGGCCCAAAAGCUCCGCCGCCGCGGCGGCCGCGGCAGCCGCGGCCGCGGGGCCUCUGCAGUUGCAGCUGCCCUCGGCGCUCACGCUGCUGCCACCCUCCUUCACCUCGCUGUGUCUGCCCGCACAGAACUGGUGCGCCAAGUGCAAUGCCUCCUUCCGCAUGACCUCCGACCUGGUGUACCACAUGAGGUCUCAUCACAAAAAGGAGUACGCCAUGGAGCCCUUGGUGAAGCGAAGGCGGGAGGAGAAACUCAAGUGCCCCAUCUGCAACGAGUCCUUCAGGGAGCGCCACCAUCUCUCCAGACACAUGACCUCGCAUAAUUGACACGGAAAGGACCCCAGCUUUCCACGGGCGCAUACGCACAGUCGAGCCACCUGCAGGAACAAACACUCUAGGAUAUCCACCACCUCCUUGUGACCUGAAGCAUCGCGCGCACAUACACACACAUACACACACGUGCACACAUGUGCUCUCCCCCACAGCCUUUACAUCCAAAUGUUUACCCGAGACCUACACUAGCGCGCGCUCACACACACACACACACACACACACACACACACGACAGGAUGGUGGAUUUUUGAUCUGGUGGGUUGGUUGAGGGGUUUUCUUUUGAAUGCACGCAUUUUCACUUUCCCAAAAACAAAAGUACAUUUUUAAAAAUGUCAUAUAUUGCAACAUAUUGAUGCAUUUGUCAUACGUUUCUACUUAAAUUAUUAAGCACUUACGAUUUAGAUGUAAUAAUUAUAUGUAAGGGCAAAAUUUAUUUUAGAUAUAAAGUAAAGGAGGAGUGUGAAAUGCUUUCUGCAUUUCUUGAUUACAGUUUGUGUUCUUACAAAAUAAGCAAAACAAAUAAAAAGGGGGUCACCAUUCAAUUUAAAUUUCCAGGGGAAGUGCAUGUAUCAUGAAAUGAUUAUGGACUUCAAUGAAGAAUGUCAUCAUUAUGUAAAUAUGUAUUUCCUUUUAAUACAAAGUGUAAUUUUGUGCCAGUGAAAUGGAGUCUGAAUAGUUACGUGUUUCUUUUAUCCCUGGAAAGAUUUAUUAAACUUUAUAGAUUAUCCGGAUAUGUUGGAUGCUUUGACAAUAAAUGACUAUUUUCUU